GCUGGUUUUUGCACGGCAUUGCUCUAACUACGUGCCACCAAUGGGUCUCAAAGUGUCGAAGAGCACUAGCGCUAAGCCACGCAGCAAUGCGCCGGCGGACAGUCUGAAUGCGGACACGCUCGACGUGAUCUGCUCCUUUUGUGAUGAGCAGACGCUGGUCUCCAAUUACGCUCAUGCGUCGAAGACGAUAGCGUCCGCAGUAGAUGCUCACGCGGCGGCGCGGGCGCGAGCUUAUUGGACCACAAGUGCGGAGCUCGAGCGGCGCGGUGUACGUCUCGGUGCGGCGUUCCUCGCGCGGCGGUCACGGCCGCCGCGCAGGGCGGCGGACGGGUCGCGCAUCACAUUGGCCUCGCGGCCGCUGGCGCUUACGCCGGAAGAAGCGCUUGCGCGCGAGUUACACUUCGAGGAGAGCUGGAGCCCAGAGUGGUGGGCCGCCAAAAAGCAGACGCUGUCGCCGGAGGCCCUGGCGCGCUGCGAGCCAAUCUUUGGGCACAAGCUCGACGACGACGCGAUCGAUGAAAUUAAAUAUGACCAGGAUGAGGCAGCUCGUCGGCCGUCGGCCCUGCGGCUUCCGGGCCGCGUCUUGCUAGUCGAUGUGAUCGUCCGUGACAUUAAUGACGCCGUCGUCGGCCGCCGGAGCGUCUUAGUUGACGGCGCGGAGCCUUUUCUCGCGCCCGGCCGCGUUGAAAACGAGCAAACCUCCUGGGCCGACGAACUGAGAUUCGCGGACAGCCUACGCAUCGCGAGCGGCCUCGAGCCGGAUUGGUUCUUUCGCGAAGUUUGGGAGGUGAAUGAAACCCACCAUACCAAUCGCCUGGACAACGCGUGGCUCGCUGAAGUCGCAAACGUCGUCGGGUGCCACCAAGUGGCUCAUGCAGCUACUGGUAAUAUCUAUGGAUUCUCUGAGAUCAAUCACGACUGGCCGGACCAGCUGCUGGAGCACGGUCAUGUCGACGAACACCGCUCGUCGCAGCUCCCGAAAAAUCGCCGCUUUGUCUCGGUCCGCGUGGACCUCUUCCGGCUCUCUGACGGGAAGUCGAUGUGCCUCGGGGAGCACGAGGUCGGUGUCCAGGGUUUGCGGGACUGGCCUGGCGACGUUCACAUUAAUGGCCAGGUGAUUGGGACGAAUCCGAUCUUACCGUUCAUUCCCCUGACUGCAUCGGAUGAUCUUUUGGAGAAGGAGAGCAUGCUUGAACGGCCAUACGACCCGGAAUUGCGGGAGCGAUGCGCUGACGAAAUCUUCGCCCCCCAGUGUCACGCCAUCGCGGACUAUCCCGACGCCACGGCUGAGCUCCAUAUCAGGGGAGUUCGCCUCGGCUUUUGUUGCCCGGCGCACCCCGGCGAAAGCGGUAUGCCAGAACAUGGAGACUACCAAAACAACCCUCACCUCGGCGGCAGGGUCACUCGCGCGCUCCUCACGCUCGACGCGUGGACCUAGUAUGUGUAACAACUUCU